CAGCCAGCUGAUAUCUCCCGGCGGAAGAACUGUGCGAAUGAGCAAAACUUUCCAUGUCUGCAUGCUAAUAUGGGGCAGUUCCUCUUAAUUGUGCGCGAAGUUUAUUUUUUGACGCAACGUGACCAUAGUGUGAGAGAAUGCAAAUAUUUUAUCGUUCCUGACACUGUAGAUGGGAGGCUACACGACACGACGUCUGCGAAUAAACAUCGUCAUAUAUACUUAAGGUCUCCUCCCAGUAACCGCAAAAAGGGGAAACGCUGCGUUGUAAAUGCGGGUGGAGGCACUGCGGACUUGAACACGGAAUUCAGCGACUCGAAAUGGCUGCGAGGAAGGCUGUUCUAUUCGAUCUGUGGGGCUGCGUUCAGACCCCGCGGCUUCAUCACAUCUUUAAGAAAUACGAGGAGUCCCUCGGGCUGCCCAGGAAUUUUAUCCAUGAGACAGUUGUGAAAGGAGGACCUGGGAGUGCUUUGCACAGAGCAGAGCUGGGGAAGCUAACGCUGACUCAGAUGAUUCCAGAGAUGGAGGCUGAGUGUCUAAAGGAGGCUUCCAGUCAGGCCGUGUCCCUGCCUCCCCAGUUCUCUGUGCAGAAGCUUUUUGAUCAGAUCAGAGAAGCUCUGAGGUUCAACACUGCAAUACUGGAGGCUUCUGACAAACUGCGUCGCCAUGGCGUGGCCACUUGUGUGCUGGGCAAUAGCUGGGUGGAUGACUCUGAGAAGCGGGAUUGGAUGGGCCUGGUCCUCUUGGUCCUGCAGCUGCACUUUGACCUGGUCUUUCAGUCCUGCCGUACAGGGGCCCGACUCCCCGACCCCACCCUGUUCAGCCACGCCCUGCAGCGGCUCGGUGCCACACCCCAACAGGCGGUAUUCGUGAGCUCUGUGGAGGAGAGCGUGGCAGCAGGUCGGGACAUUGGUAUGGCUGUGGUCCUGAUGGACGACUCCAAUGAAGCCUUGAAGCAUCUGCAGUGCCUCGCAGGCAUGCAGGCCAUAUUGGUAAGCUCUGUAGAGGAGAGAGAGACAGCAGGGAAGAAGAUCGGCAUGGGGAUGUGCCUGACUGAAGACCCCAAUGAAGCCAUGCUGCAGCUGCAGUCCCUCUCAGGUGUAGAGCUGUUGAGCUCUGAGGAAACAUGUUCUCUUUGCUGUAAUCCUGAAGAUGUCCCCCACUGCUUUGUCACCAUUAAGCCUGGGCAUCAGGUGCACUAUGUGGACAUGGGGGAGGGGCCUGCUGUUCUCCUGUGUCACGGUUUUCCUGACAGCUGGUUCUCCUGGAGAUACCAGAUCCUAGCACUGGCUGAAUCAGGCUUCAGGGUUCUGGCCCUGGAUAUGAAAGGCUAUGGGGACUCCUUAGCGCCUCCUGACAUUGAGGAGUACUCACAGGAGCAGCUGUGCCAGGAUUUGAUAACAUUCCUGGAUAAACUGGGGAUCGUCCAGGUGACACUGGUGGGGCAUGACUGGGGCGGCAGCCUGGUGUGGAAUAUGGCUCAGUGCCAUCCUGAGAGAGUCAGAGCUGUAGCCUCACUGAACACGCCUCUCUUCCUUGUGGAUCCAAACACCAACCCCAUGGAGAGGCUGAAAGCCAAUCCCACCUUCAACUACCAGAUUUACUUCCAGACACCAGGCGUAGCAGAGGCUGAGCUGGAGAAAGAUCUGGCGAGGACCUUUAAAAUCAUGUUCAGAGAUGCUGCUGGUAACGUGGGGAAAGGUCUGACUCUAAGCUCAGCGAAUGUCUGUGAAAGAGGUGGGCUGUUUGUGGGGUUGCCAGAUGACAUUCCCCUCAGUCCUAUUCUCAGUGAGGAUGCUCUGCAAUACUAUAUCAAACAGUUCAGCAAGACAGGCUUCAGAGGGCCUCUGAACUGGUACCGUAAUACAGAGAGAAACUGGAGAUGGAUGUCUUCCAGGCCAAGGGGGAAGAUACUGAUGCCCUCCCUGAUGGUGACGGCAGGGAUGGACCAGAUCCUCCUUCCCAAAUUCUCCAGCGGCAUGGAGACCAUGAUACCCAACUUAACCCGAGGGCACAUUGAAGACUGUGGCCAUUGGACCCAGAUUGAGAGGCCUGUUGAACUCAAUAAGAUUCUGCUCUCCUGGCUGAAGGACGUGCAUCAGAAAGCUGCCAUCCCGCUGUGCCCAAAGCUGUGAAACCUCUGACUCACCAUGCAUGGACCAAUCAGCAGGGAGAGUAAACAUGCAUGGACCAAUCAGCAGGGAGAGUAAACAUGCAUGGACCAAUCAGCAGGGAGAGUAAACAUGCAUGGACCAAUCAACAGGCAGAGUAAACAUGCAUAGCCCAAUUAGGAAGGAGAGGCAGAUAUUACAUGUUUAAUUGCUUGUGAGAGAUAUCACAGAUGUUUUAUUAAUUGAUGCACUGUCCCAUCCUUUGCUAAGGUCUAGUGUUUGAGCAACUGCUGAACACUGUGCCUUUGCUAAGGCCUAGAGUUGAAGUAUCUGCGGUAUAAUUUCCCUUUCUAAUUAUUCAUUAAAAAGCUUCAAAUACUUGUG